AAAACAGAGACAACGCCGGCACCUUCAGGAGCUGCUGUCCACUGGUUUGAAACCGCUGGAAAACAAAUACAAGUAUUCCUGUCUGCCAUGUAUCAUCUGAAACUGCCCUCCCAGAUCCUGAUCUUCCUUGUGAUGCUGCAAUGUGUUGCCACAGUCCCUUACAACAGGUACUCCCUUUCCUCUAACGAAAAGCCGGAUGACUCGCAAGAGGUCGAUGGAUGGCUGGUCACAGAUCUAUCUGACAAUCCAUUUGUGAGUUUUACAAGGCCACGGCCUCCAAGGGGCCUCACUGCAGUGAACAGUCAUCACAUGGAAAAGCGGAAGUGUAACACAGCCACCUGCGUGACUCAGAGAUUAGCAGACUUUCUCGUCCGAUCCAGCAACACCCUCGGCACCGUCUACGCGCCGACCAACGUAGGAGCCAACACUUAUGGGAAGAGAGACUUGCUGCAGUCGCCCAUUUAUCUGCCCCUAUAG